AUGUCUACAGUUCAAGCAUAUCCUUUUGACCCAACCAAAGAUAUACCUUCCCUCACUGGGAAGGUUAUCUUCAUCACUGGCGCAAACACCGGCCUUGGAAAAGCCACUGCUAUUGAACUGGCCAAACACUCUCCUGCCCAUAUCUACAUUACUUCACGAAACUCCGCCAAGGGGAAUGCUGCGCUUGAGGAAGUCAAGAAGACAGCCAGUGAAGGCAUCAAGGCCUCUCUGUUGGAGCUUGAUCUCUCCAGUUUUGAAAGCAUAAAGUCUGCUGCUGCCGAGUUUCUCAAACGCGAGGACAAACUUGACGUUCUCUUGCUGAACGCUGGUGUCAUGGGUGCUCCACCUACCCUGACAAAAGAUGGUUAUGAGAUGCAUAUGGGAACCAACCAUCUCGGGCAUGCUUUGCUUCUCAAGCUUCUCAAAGCAGUCCUUGACAAGACUCCCGAUGCUCGUGCUGUGCAUCUCAGCUCUGCCGGAUUCCGUCAUGUCGGGCCAGCUGGUAUCGAAUUCGAUACCCUCAAGUCCGCAAAGAGCGAGACAGCUUUACCUUACCGGUAUGCCCAGAGCAAACUUGCUUGUCUUCUUUACGCAAGAGAAGCAUCCAAGCGAUACCCCAAUUUCAAGAACAUAGCCAUCAACCCAGGCGAAGUUCAAACAGAACUCUUUACUCGCGAGGCAGGAGAUGACUUGAUGAAACACCUCCAGGAAAACGUGGCCUCUAAAGUCGCAAUUCCUAUUACGGAGGGUGUCAAGAAUCAUCUUUGGGCUACUACUGCUCCGGAUAUCGAGAAUGGAGAGUUCUAUGAACCUGUUGGAAAGACUGGUGGGUUGGAGGGUCAUGGGUUGGAUGAUGAGAUGGCGAAGAGGCUUUGGGAUUGGACUGAGGAGCAGCUGAAAGAUCAGGUCUUGUAA